AGUAGGAAGUAUCCGGACGCUAAGGGUGGUUCUUCCGGGAGAUGAAGUGUUGCAGUUUAAUCCUGACAAGGACAAGGACCGCAUCUUCAUCGGGCCAGGUUUACGGUGGAAAGAAAACAUCGUCCGCGCGACCCGACCGGGACUCCUGAAGAAGACCACGAAGAACCUGUACUACGUAGACACACACCAGAAGCGUUAUAUUCCGCAGAAGAGAGAGUUUGUCAUCGGGAUUGUGAUGAAGAAGAAGGGGGAUAACUACGUCAUUGACAUUGGCGCGAGCGACCAGGCCACCAUAUCAUAUUUAGCCUUUGAAAAUGCUUCCAAGAAGACGAGGAAGGAGAUGAAGCUGGGCGACCUUCUCUACGGCCAGUUGUUUGUGGCGAACAAGGACAUGGAACCAGAAUUGGUGUGCAUUGAUGUAUACGACCGAGCCGUUGGCAUGGGUACCCUGCCGGAGGGGGGAGUUAUGUUCACAGUUCCUUUACACGUGGCUAGACAGAUUGUCAACCCAAACAAUCCUUUUUUAAAGACAAUAAGUAAGAUGAUAAAAUAUACAAUAGUUGUUGGGUUUAAUGGCAGAGUUUGGAUCAAGGCAGAGAGACAAAGAGAAAUGGUUGCCAUAAUGAACUGUAUUGCGAUGCUGGAGGUUAUGCCCUCUGAGGAAGCAGAGAAAAAGGUGGUCAAAUUGCUUGAGAAUUUUUGAUAAUAAAAACAUGACUCAUU